ACCUCCUCUGCACACAGCAGCUGCUCUCCGCUCUCUGCAGCAUGAGAGUCUUCACUCUGCUCACUGCUCUCUGCCUCCUGCUGAAAGAGGCUCAGGCAUGGGGCUACAAGGAUGGAAUAUUUCAUAACUCCAUAUGGCUGGAGCAAGCAGCUGGAGUUUACCACCGGGAAUCACGUAAAGGGCGAUACCAGCUGACAUAUAAGGAGGCCAAGGCGGUCUGCAAGUACGAAGGAGGGUCGCUCGCCACAUACCAACAACUGGAGGCAGCCCGUCAAAUAGGAUUCCAUGUGUGUGCAGCCGGAUGGUUCGACAGAGGACGCGUCGGGUACCCGAUCGUCAAAGCCGGCGCCAAAUGUGGCUUCGGUAAGAUCGGCAUCGUCGACUACGGGUACAGGCUGAACAAAAGUGAGAAGUGGGACGUGUACUGCUACAACCCGAACUCUAAGGAGUGUGGCGGUGUGCUGACGGACCCGAAGAGGAUCAUUCAGUCUCCUGGGUUCCCCGACGAGUACCAGGACGAGCAGAUCUGCUACUGGCACAUCAGAGUCAAAUUGGGUCAGAGGAUCGUUCUCCACUUCCUGGAGUUUGACGUGGAGGACGACACGGCGUGCCUGGCUGAUUACCUGGAGGUGUACGACAGCUAUGAUGAUGUGUCAGGCUUCGCUGGGAGAUUUUGCGGCGAAGAAUUGCCUGAUGAUAUCAUCAGCACAGGAAACGUGAUGACGUUGAAGUUCCUCUCUGAUGCUUCAGUCACAGCAGGAGGCUUCCAGUUACAUUACACCGCCCAUGAUGCAUCUCAGUUUUCACACAAUCACACCCACUAUUUACACUGACUCAUACUCUCUUCUGCACGAUGUCAUUGGUUAUCUCGUGUACUGUAAAAAAUAGAUCUUUAUGAAUAAAGAUUAAAGGAGAACUUCUGUCCCUAUAUUGUGUUGCAGUUUCUGAUUUUGUUGAAAGCAGAAAAAUAAACACAUUUAUAUUUUA